CCGCCCCAGCAGCAGCAGCAGCAGCAGCGGAGCCGGGAGCCGCCGCCGCCGCCGCCGCCUCGCCGCGCCGCCAUGGGGGUGGAAGGCUGCACCAAGUGCAUCAAAUACCUCCUCUUCGUCUUCAACUUCAUCUUCUGGCUGGCCGGAGGAAUCAUCCUGGGAGUGGCCCUGUGGCUCCGUCAUGAUUCACAGACUACGAAUAUCCUCUACCUGCAGCUGGGGGACAAGCAAGCCCCCAACACCUUCUACGUUGGGAUCUACAUCCUGAUUGCAGUUGGCGCUGUCAUGAUGUUCGUGGGGUUCCUGGGAUGCUACGGUGCUAUUCAGGAGUCGCAGUGCCUUCUGGGAACGUUCUUUACUUGCCUGGUGAUCCUGUUUGCCUGCGAAGUUGCAGCUGGAAUUUGGGGUUUUGUCAACAGAGAUCAGAUAGCUAAAGAUGUGAAGCAGUUCUAUGACCAAGCAUUUCAACAAGCACUCAUGGCAGAAUCGGAGACAAACAACGGGAAAGCUGUAGUGAAGACCUUUCAUGAAACGCUGGACUGCUGUGGUCCUGAUGUUGCAAUAGGAGUUACCACUGCCUUAUGGAAAGAGGACCUCUGCCCGAAGAAGGACUCCUUCCUGAAAAGUGUUUCUCAGAUAACCUCGAGCUGUCACCAAAAAAUUGAUGAGCUGUUCUCUGGGAAGCUAUACCUGAUUGGUAUUGCUGCCAUCGUGGUUGCUGUGAUCAUGAUCUUCGAAAUGAUUCUGAGCAUGGUGUUGUGCUGUGGCAUAAGGAACAGCUCCGUGUACUGAGAUGUGAGAGCCGGGGAGGGGACAGGAUGGGGGGAGCAGGGCAGAUGGCGCUAGAGAGGACCCCAAGUGCCACCAAGUGACCAGGAGACAUUUCAACAAAAGACAAAGAAAACUAUGUAUAUAAAUACUUCUAAUAUUACCAUACAGUACUUAUCAUUUUUAUUUUGAAGUACUUUUUUAAUAAAUAAAACUUUCCCAUAUCCUUGUGGCUGAGUUAGUUACACAUCAGUUUUGUGUGAUAGGGAAAGCUGCCGUAGCAGGAGUUUUAAUCCUUCCUACCCCUUCCCCACUGGAGAAAUUCAGAGAUGAUGUUUGUGGAAGAUGUGCAGAGUAGAAGGCUUCAGCCUGUUAUCAAAAAUCUUUGCCUUGGUUUUUACUCUCUUUUUCAAUACUGACUUUUGUUUUUUAUAUAUACGUAAUUGGAAGCUAAAGCAGGAAUUUGAUUUUUUUUUUAAUUUUUUUUCCUUGUUUGUUCUCCUCUUUUCCUCCCAUCCCCCCAACUCUGUGGUGUUUUCAAGCUGCCGGUAGGGAAGUCUGGCUGUAACUGCCUGAAGCCUGGUAGAAAGGGGAGAGAAAGCCCCAGUCACAUAGGUGAGAAGAGCGAUAUGGGGAUGGAUUGUUCCUAGCAAACCUGUUUGUGUUGCUAGAUAAACUAUUAACAGAGCAUUUAAACUUUUCAGCCUCUGAAGAUUGGGGAUGUUUAUGACUUUAUUUUUUCUUCUGGGGGCUGUAACUUUAUAAAUUGACUCAUUUACAUUGACUCAUUACAUUAAAGGGUCAGUGUCUGGGUUUAGUCUUAGUUUUUCAAAUUUAACAAACCGAAAAUUGUCACUUUUUUUUUUUUAACUUCCUUGAAUGUUUCUUUGUAGACUUACUAUGUUUUUGGGAGAGUCUAGUGCUGUACUAAGUUUUCAGUAUUAUGCUAAUACUUACAUACAAAUGAUAUUGGGAAAAAAGAAAACCUCAAAAAAAGUCUUUAACCUUAAAAAUAAUACAUUUAUAUUAUACAGGAUGACUUUUGGGGAUUCCCUGCCAUAUACAUACACAUUUAAAAUUUAAUCUUUGCAUUGCUUUCUUGUUCAAUGAAACUGUCCUUGCUUGUAGUGUUUUGUCACACAUACUAACAUUGCCAGGAAGCUUUCAUAACUCUGAAAAAAAUGUUUAUUUUUAAAACCUUCCAUUCCCAAUGAUAUUAACAGUUGGAAAUCAGCUUAUCAAAGCAAGGGAAUUCAGGAUUUUCGAUGGCACCAGUUGAAACACUUUCUUGUGACCUGCUAUGCUUUGAUUGCCAAUGAGAUGUAUGUGGCCUCUAGCGUGUGCCACUCUGGCGAGGUAGCGGGACAGCUGCUACCGUGUACAUAGAGGGGUAGAGUGACCCAGGUUCUAUGUAAUAGAGUGUCUCUAAACAGAUGAUCUAUAUGUAUAGUUCUAUAGAUAUAUAUUUUUAAGCAAAGCCUUUUCCUUACCUUAUGAGCACUCGAGCUGGAAAUGGUAGUCUCUUUCAGCUCUUUGCCACAUUGAUGCAAAUAAGAGGAGGAGUUAAAACUUGUGAUCACCUUCCUCACUUCAGGAAUAUCUCUGCUUCUCAAACAUUCUUUCUCUCCUCCUCACCCUAGUUGUGAUGAAGAACACCAAAUCAGAUAGGGAGAGAGACCUGUGUUCAUUUUAAGCUAGUACCUUGUGCAUGGCACUUGGGUACCAUAACCUUUGCCAAAACAGGAGAGGAAAUUCCUGCACUGGGGCAAAUUGAUCCAUUCAGAAGCUUUUCUCCCCUUCCACUCACCUCUUUCCUGUUCUUGCCUUUUAGUAUAUGUAGGGCCUUUAAAAAGUAUAUAGGUAUAUAUAUCAAGUUGUGCUAGGUAGGAGGAGGAAGUGCUUCAACAGACCUUCAAUUUGAGGGAGUUGGACAAGAAAUGAGUCAGCCUUAGAAACAGCCUUAAAGCAACACUGCCCUGAAUGUCCACUUUGUGCACAUUGAGAAUGCAGCUAGAGUAGGUAACCUCUUCCCCUGCUCCCCAGCGUAGAUUCUUUAGGUCAUCUACUCUGUUAUGUGGCUAUAUGUAUAUACAUCACCCACGCAUGUGUGUUUACAUAUACGGGCAUCAGGAUUGUUAGCAUACAGAAUGGAUGUGUAACUUGCUGCCUUUUUUGUUGACUGUUGAUAAAUGUGUAUAAAUACGGCAUUAAGCAUUUCAAUUCUGUUUUCUUUCCUAUACUGUAUUUUUUUAUAUUGUUCAGUAUUCAGUUGAUGCUGUGUGAGUAGCUGAAGCUCUGUUUGAAGACAGACAAGCUCUCCCCGCAAAGCACUCGAUGUGGGUCAGGCAUGUCCCUGGGCAUUGUAGCUUUGGGGGUCUGGGUUGUCCCAUGCAAGAGUGUUGGGGAGAAAGCACUUCCUCAAGAGGUCUGACAGCCCAGGGAGGAAGAGCAGGAUGUUUGCUCAGCCUGUACCCCACCUGGGUGGGAUUCGCUCUCUGGCCCCUUUCAUGGGUGGUGCUUGUGGUGAGCCGCAGCAGCAGCUACCUCUUGCAGCGGGGAUGUGCUGUGGGCGCCCCGCGGCAUGGGUGCAGGGAGAGGGCCUGCCAAGGUGGGAGGAUCAUAGGAGGGGGCUGGAGGAGGGGUUUUGCACCAGGAGGGGUAAUGCUGUCUUUGGGGUUGUUAGCUGAGAGCCCCUGUGUUUGACUGUGUGGUCGUGAGCAGGAGCAGGUCAGCAAGGGGAGAAGAGGGAGCUGGCUUGCUUAAGAGUGAUGAAGUAGCUGGGAAACUAGCAUGGAAAAACUACUCACAUGGGUCUUCUCUUGUUUGACCUCCUGUGACAAUGGAUCUGAGUUAAAAACAAAUUCAAGGGGGCGCUUGCCCUUUAGCAAGUACUUGAGAUUCAGAAGUGACAGAGCUCUGCAGCCAGUCAGCCCCAAGGCUCACUGAGGUGGAGGGGAAAAAACAGAGGGUGGGCAGGGCUCCUUAUCUCUUUCAGAUGCUGUCCUGCUAACUGUGCAUUUGCGUGGGCCUUGUCCUGCCCCCCUGCUGUCCCAUGGAUGGACUAAGGGUCAAAUUGUGGGCUGUAAAUACAAACCCUCGCUCUCCAGGGAAGCAUCUUCCCAGAGCAAGCGACACCUGAGGAAAUGGUUGUAAAUCCAAGUGGGGAAGAUGGGAGUGAACUGGCCAGGUCUGAGUUCAAAGACCACAGCACAAGGUCAAACAGAGCUGCUGACAGCUUAACUGAAUGCUUGGGUUUCUUUCUGACUGGAGCAUGCCACAAAGCAGUGUGUUUAACUUCUUUCUGCCUUUUUUUUAAGAACAAAAGUCAAUUUAAUAAACAUUUCUCAUAGUGUG